UUUUUUACCAACAUUAUUACGAGACACGUGUCGAUCGGGACACGCACCGUUUGAUUUACGCGCGGGUGCUUUUCCGAUGCGAGCUACGGCGGCGAUAUCGCAUAAUAACGGCGCAUAUCGGAGUGGCAGUUUUAUUGUGUUCUGAGGAAAGUUUUGCUCCCCCUCUCCGCACGACUCCUCUACACGCUGCUGCUGUUGCUUCAUUUUUCGCGCCCGUUGCAAGGGUCGAGAAGUAAAGGAGGAAGGAUCGGAAAGGAGGCGGACGUGCGCGCAGACUCCAGCUACAAAGUGUGUUUUUGUGAAACCGAGGAACAUGUCGACUGCCGUCAUGAGUAACACCUCCAUGUUCGAGUGCGGCGAGCAUCUCUUUAAGAAUGCGGCCUCGACUAAGACGAAGGAACCGCCGUCAUCCCCAACGACGACGAGCACCACGAAUGCAGGCACUGCCGGCGGCCAUAACGUCGGCAACGGACACGCGCCGCUGAAACGCACUUACACAUCCCUGAUGACCACGUUGAUCGAGCAACAUCGAAAACUGGAUCGUAGCGUGAGCGAGCCGACGUCGCGCUACAAGACGGAGCUCUGCCGGCCAUAUGAGGAGAGCGGCUCGUGUAAGUAUGGCGAUAAAUGCCAAUUCGCGCAUGGUUACGGCGAAUUGCGCAACUUGGCGCGCCAUCCGAAGUACAAGACCGAAUUGUGCCGCACCUUCCACACGAUCGGCUUCUGCCCGUAUGGACCGCGAUGCCACUUCAUUCACAAUUUCGAGGAAGCGCGUAUACACAAUCAGAAAGUGAGCGCCCAACUGGGCUCGGUGCAGCCCAGCCUAAUGGGUUUGAAUCCGCUGAUGAGCGCGACGGCUGCCGCGAUAGCAACCGCAACGAGCAACGGUACCGCCACGAACAACACUGCCAAUAAUGUCAGUGUCAACUUCAGUCUGUUCGAGCAGCUCGCGUCGUCGCACGUAGCCGCAGCCGCGGCGGCCGCCGCCACAACGUCAAGCCUCAUGCGAACGAAUUCGUUGAGCCUCGGCAGUACCGGUACGAACGGCUUCAAUCAACCGCCGUUGCUGCGUACGUCGUCACUGAGCCUUGCUACGAAUCAUCAUCACGCGGUACAUCAUCAUCAUCAGGUGAAUGCCGUGAACUCGGUAAUCGGGACGACAAAGCCGAAACCGCUCAACCUCAGUCCGGCGUUCUCGCUCGGUAGCUCUGCCGAUUCUGUUUCCCCGUCGUCUAGCCUCAGUCAGUCACCAACGAACUCCAUGGCGGGCUUCUUUAACGACGAUUGCAAUCAGCAGACGGCUUCAUGUUCAAAUCUGCCGACGACACCGUUUAGCUUUGGUCAGGACUUCAGUUUGCUCGCUUGCUCGAGACAGAGCCCGAGCCCGCGCAAUAAUGGUGUAUGCAGUCCCCUCGAUGAGGUAACACCCAGAACUCCCUCCCCAUUGUCACCUAACACGGAGUCCAGGUUGCCGGUCUUCAAUAGGAUCAGCAGCAGCCUGGGUGAUUUCGAUAACCUCAAGAUCUAGAGCGGUCGCCGCGCGAACCGUAAAGAAGAGGAACGCGAACUCUUGGCGAGUCUCGCGCUCCGAAUAAAGAAGAGGUUUUCAGAGGAAUUGACUCGAAGUUUGGGCGAUAACUUCUCCUCAGUGGAUUCUGUUGGAAUUAACGUCUUCUUUCUUUUUUACGCAAAAGGUAUUGCCGUUCGCGUCACGCGAUUUCCCUUAUCCGUCAUUGUCUAAUGUCCUGAGAAGCAUUCUAGACACACGUCAAAUUUCAUUACCCCUGAACUAGCGUUCUUUCCUCUUCUCUUUUUAUAUAUUAUUACCAUAAUCUUCAUAUA